AUGGCAAUGGAGGUAUACGACAGAGUAGCGAAGGUUGUAGCACCAAAGAAAGAGAAGCUCAAGGGAGCUGAGGAAGAACUCACACAGACAAUGGCUAUCUUGAAUGGAAAAAGAGCUGAGUUGAAAGAUGUUGUGGAUCGAUUAGAAACACUCAAGAGUAAUUUCAAAGAGAUGACCGAGAAGAAAGAAAAGCUGGAACAACAGGUUGAUCUUUGCGCAAAGAAACUUGAAAGAGCUGAGAAGCUAAUUGGUGGACUUGGAGGUGAAAAAGACAG